GGCGGGCGGCGGCCAUGGACCGGGACCUGGUCCGGCAGUCGCUGGGCUGGCACGGGCCGUCGCUGCUGGCCCUGCUGCGGAGCGAGCAGCAGGACAACCCGCACUUCCGCACGCUGCUGGGCCUGGCGGGGGACGCGCCGCGGGGGCCCCCGCCGCCGCCGCCGCCGCCGCCGCUGCUGCACUGCAGGAAAGAGAAAAAAGUUGACAACUUUGAAAUUCAGAAGUUCAUUUCAAGAAAAGCAGAUCUCCUUUUUGCUCUGUCAUGGAAAACAGAUGCACCCGCUAUUUCGGAAAUAAAUGAAGAAAAUGAAGAUUAUUUUGCCGUCUUGCCACCCCUGGAACAGUUCAUGGAGGUCCCCGAUGUAGACAGGAGGGAGCUGUUUUUUCGAGAUGUUGAGCGGGGCGAUGUGGUGAUUGGACGAAUAAGUUCGAUCCGUGAAUUUGGCUUUUUCAUGGUGUUGAUUUGUCUCGGCAGUGGCAUCAUAAGAGAUAUAUCCCACUUAGAAAUCACAGCACUCUGUCCAUUAAGAGAAGUGCCUUCUCAAAGUAACCAUGGUGAUCCUUUAUCGUAUUACCAAACCGGUGACAUCAUUCAAGCCGGAAUCAAAGAUAUUGACCGUUAUCAUGAAAAACUCGCAGUGUCCCUGUACAGCUCUUCUCUUCCACCUCAUCUAUCUAGUAUUAAGUUGGGUGUCAUUAGCUCUGAAGACCUUCCAUUGCACUACAGGCGGAGUGUCGAACUAAGUAGCAAUUCCUUGGAGACAUAUGAAAAUGUCCUGCAGCAUUCCUUGGGCUUUUUUAAUCCAGGAGUAGUUGAAUUUCUUCUCGGAAAACUGGGAAUAAGUGAAGCCAAGCCACCAUCCUUAAUGAGAGGCCUUCAGAGCAAAAAUUUCUCCGAGGAAGAUUUCGCUUCUGCAUUGAGGAAGAAACAGUCCGCUUCCUGGGCUUUAAAGUGUGUGAAGAUUGGGGUGGAUUACUUUAAAGUUGGUCGUCACGUGGAUGCUAUGAAUGAAUACAAUAAGGCUCUGGAAAUAGACAAACAAAAUGUCGAAGCUUUGGUCGCUCGUGGGGCAUUGUAUGCAACCAAAGGGAGUUUAAAUAAAGCCAUUGAAGACUUUGAAGUUGCGCUAGAAAACUGCCCGACCCAUAGGAAUGCAAGAAAAUACCUUUGUCAGACUCUUGUAGAAAGAGGGGGCCAAUUAGAAGAAGAAGAUAAGCUAUUAAAUGCCGAGAGUUACUAUAAGAAAGCUUUAACUUUGGAUGAGACUUUUCAAGAAGCGGAGGAUGCCUUGUUGAAACUUCACAAGCACAUGCAGAAAUCUUUGGAAUUAAGAGAAAAGCAAGCUGAAAAAGAAGAAAAGCGGAAAACAAAGAAAAUAGAAACCAGUGCAGAAAAAUUGCGUAAGCUCUUAAAAGAGGAAAAAAGGCUAAAGAAGAAACGGAAAAGAUCGUCCUCCUCUUCAAGCGUGUCUUCGUCCGACAUACCGGCUUCUUCCUCCUCUUCCUCCUCUUCCUCCUCUGGUCACAGAAGGCAUAAAAAACGGAAAAGGAACCGUUCAGACUCGCGCAAUUCCAGAAAGCAUUUGCCUAGGGAACCUUCCUAUCCGGUAGAUCAGACUAGAAAAGAAGAGUGGUACUCUCCUCCGGCCGAUACUUCGGCAUCUUUUCUCAGCCAAAAACAAGAGGUGGAAAAGCUCUUGGAAAAGCAGGACAGAUUUACUUAUCAAAAGACCCAGGUGAAAGGGAGAGAGAGAGACCGCACCCUCUCUUCGUCUUCGGUUGAAAUCGUCGAGACCUUUGGAGGUAGGUCGGAAGACUCGAAGGACCCCUCCGGGAGCUGCAACAGUCAGGCAAGCAGUAGCAAAUUUGAAAAGCCAAAUGCCUCCGAAAAGUACUUCUCCAGUAGAAAGGAUUUCUCGGGCUCCUACAGUAGAAAUUCCGAGGACAAAGCCAAGAUCUAUUUUCCUAGGAAAUUUGACCGGGAAGUAGGGGGAAGAAAAGAACCUUAUAGAAAGUGGGAGCCCGGGCAAGGAAGAUAUUUCUCUUCCCCGGUGGGAUCGGAUUACUCAUGGAGGUCAGUUGAAAAGUACAAAAAACACCCAAACGCUGGAUUGCAUGAUUCUAGCAGGCAGGGUGAGUCACCAAAAUGCCAGGUAGCGGAGAACUCACAUCAAGGGGGAGAAUCUGAGGAUAGGGAGAGUAACGAUGAGGACGGUGCUAAAACGGAACCUGAAGACGACGACUCACCAAAUGGCAAAGGGCAGUCGGGGAGCAGUGUGAAAAAGAACUUGCCUCAAAACUUGCUCAAUAUAUUUAACCAGAUUGCUGAGUUUGAAAAAGAAAAAGGAAAUAAGAAAAACCUAUAGAGCAUCUAGAGGCAAAUACAUCCAACGCAAGCUAUGAAGAGGUUUGUCUUUCUAAUCGCAUCCUUCGGUAGAGAAACGUGAACCCUUAAAAUGUUAUGUAAAGCAGCUUUCCUGAUCAGCGAUGUAUCUGUUUCGAAUUCUGUUUCGAACCGCUUCUCAUAGCCUGAAGACUUCAAGUAGGCUUUCCAUCUGUGAGGUUUAUAGAUGAAUGGAUAUACUUUCUAAAGGGAAAAAAUAAGUUUAAAUGUGUUUAAAUUUUACAUAAGAUACUCGUGUAAUUCAAAUUUCUUUAAAUUGUAUGACACAUUACUUUUGCUAACCUCAUAAAAUAUGACCUUUCGGUUAGUGGAAAACAUUGGAUUUGCACUUUAAACUUUGAUAGUUUUUGCUAAAAUUCAGUAAUUCCGUUGUCAACAUUUUUCUGUUAAAUUUAACUUAGCUUAUGAGGGUUUUUACACUCUUGAUGUGCCAUUUAUGUAUCUAUAAUAGAUUAUGUAAAUAUUAAAUUUUUUUUUAAGAA